CACAAUCAGUUCGUCAAUUCAUACAGUACUCCUAAGUUAACCUUAGAACAACAAUCAUGAAGUGCAUCGCAGCUGUAGUCAUGGUGGCCCUCGCCGUUGUUGCUGAAGGUUCAUACGUUCCAUCGAUCUAUGCUCAUCAUGCUGCUCCAGUUUUGAGCCAUGCUGCCCAUCAUCUGGUCAACCCAACUGUUGUCCAAUCUAACGAUCAUCACAGCUGGGCUCAUGCAUCCCUCGCCCACAACACUCUGAUUCAUCACGCUCCAGUUCUGGCUCACAACCACUGGGAUGCCCAUCAUGUUCCAGCCGCCAUCGCUGUCAACAGUCACUGGGAUGCUCACCACGUUCCAGCUGCUGUUGCCAUCAACAACCAUUGGGGACAUCAUGGACACUGGGAUAACCACCAUCAUGCCGCCGCUGUUGUCGUUGCCCCAGUUGAGCACUCUGCCACUUAUGUCGCUGCCAACCGUGGUGCUGUCCACAAGGCUCCACUCGCCGGACAUGCCGUCAACCAGAAGUCCCUGAAUCUGGCUCCAGCUCCAGGAACCCUGUAAAUAACAGCAGCUCAGAGAAUCGUGUAAAUAACUGUGAUGUGACCAAGUAGAUGAAUAUAGUUUGAAUUGAUU